GUGCCUGCGAUCGACUCCCGCCCCAACUCCCCAGCCCUCUACUUCGAUGCCAGCCUGGUCCACAAGUCUCCAGACCCCUUUGGAGCCGCAGCAGCCCAGAGCCUCAGCCUGGCUCGUUCCAUGUUGGCCAUCAGUGGUCACCUGGACAGUGAUGACGACAGUGGUUCCGGAAGCCUGGUUGGCAUCGACAACAAGAUUGAACAAGCCAUGGACUUGGUGAAGUCCCACCUCAUGUUUGCCGUGCGCGAAGAGGUGGAGGUACUGAAGGAACAGAUCCGAGACCUGGCAGAACGCAAUGCUGCCCUGGAGCAAGAGAAUGGAUUGCUGCGUGCCCUGGCCAGCCCGGAGCAGCUGGCCCAGCUGCCAUCCUCGGGACUUCCACGGCUCGGGCCCUCUGCACCUAACGGGCCUUCCAUCUGAGCCUCCUUUCCCUUACAAUGUGCCUUUGGGGGGCUGCCACUGGCUGCUGGGCCUUGUGCCAGCUGCCUGCCCCCUUUUCCGAUGUAGCUUUAAAUGCCCACACCCAACCCCAACGCCCAGGGAUGGGAGUGGAAGGCUCAAUAUUGGCCUGUCCCGUCCCACCUGGUCCUCCCCAGAGUCCCCAGGCCUUUUAGGAAGAGGGGACGGCCCAGGAUGGGGGUGCUUGUUGGGAGCCCCUCAUCCAUGAAAGAACCCAGUCCCACCUUUUUCCCUAGGUAUCAGUGUUCUGGGGACUCCCUCCCCCAGCAGUAGAUGGCCUGGAAAGAUCUGGAGGUUCCCUGGCAGGUUCUCCCCCUCCACCCUACCCUGUCCCCUCCAAGCGCCCCCUCUCCUCUGCCUAGGGGAGGGUGUAUGGACAGUAUCUUCAACUUUUGGGAUUCAGGUUGUUAUUAAAAUAAUAAUUAUAAUUAAAAAAAUCUGAAGAAACUUGAA